AUGUCCGUGUUUCCUGAUGAGUAUCGCCAAACGGCAACGCAUUACGGCAUUUUUGGCCUAACGGGCAACUCGGAACAGAGGUGUCAGGCUGGACAGGUUCCAAAACUGUUGGAAUACGAGGACCCUCUCGACCUCGAUACCAAGUUUGGACAUGUUAACGCUGGUUAUGAACUGGUGGCCCAAGGCCCCUCAGCUUCAGGUAGUUCGAGCUACCUACCACCUUUAUGGGGAGUACCAAAUUGGGCGGAGGCUCGUACUCGACCUCGACCGCGUGUCAUCGCAAUGGGAGUGACAAUCUUUCUGGGGUUUUUAGCUGCGGUUUACUGGGGAAAAUCUAUUUUAUCUUCGAAUCUACAAGAACCUUCGUGGGCCUCAGACUCUACGAACUUUGACCUAAUCUUUCUGAAAGAGGAUCAACUCCCGCAACACAAUCUCUCUGCGGCGUUUCCAGAAGGUAAAAAUGGACGGUACCUUCGAUUUUCGAACCAGGAACGUUUGCUCAAUACCAUACUAGCCUAUUCAGCCGAUAGAGCUCCGGUAUUUUCGCCUUUCGAAGCAUGGGCGCACCCUCCUAGAGAUGACACUACACUUGACGGUCAACGAAAUGUUUUGAAAAUCCCCUACAAUGCAUUACUCUCAGGUCCAACAUCUGGCAUGUCAUGGGGGCCAGGAGAUAAACAUCCCCGAGCCGUUAGCCAAAAGUAUUGGGAGGUUGUCUGUCCUGGGUCGGAACGAAGGGUUGUCAAUGCAGACGAAGUCAUGAAACAGGUCGGCAGGGAGUCAGAUGGAAUCAAGAUGUUAACAGACUGGGCCAAGCUCAUGAGGGAUAUGCCUGAGAGAUGCGUUGAGAUCCAAGGCACCCAGGUCUUUGACUUCUAUCUUAUUGGCUCCACACGCAUCCUAUCACUCUGGGAGGCGUUCAAGAAUCAUCCCACCGUGCGGCUGCUGGAGGACUCGGAGGUCGUCAAGAACGGCGUACGAGAAAACAUGAACAAGCUGCAAAAGAUCGACGGGGCUCAGCGUCCAUACAUUCCCAAGACCACUGGAACUAUCGAGGGUCUACUUGGUAUUCAUAUCCGGAGAGGAGAUUUUCGCGGAGACCUGGGAAAGGAUAAUGGCCAUUGCUUCAAUCUGGGGAGAUGGGGCGCCACCUACAGUGGAUGGAACCAGCUACCUGAACUACACGACAAAUACGACCCCCCGUCUCGCGAAGGGGUCGAAGGAGGGCAAUAUACACCCGCGAUUCGGGAGUACUAUCUCAAACACUGUCUGCCGACGGUUGAACAAGUCGUCUCUCGGGUCCGUGAACUCCUCGGAGAUAACCAUGCUCGCCUGUCACACAUAUUCAUCGCAAAUAACGCUGAGGAUGAAUACCUAGCUGACCUUCGUCGAGGACUUGUUGCAGAUGGGUGGGAGGGAAGCAAUAUAGUGACCAGCAAGGAAUUAGAGCUCAACUGGCAAGCUACAUCAGCGGGCAAUGCGGUUGAUAUGGCUAUACUAUCGAGAGCAGAGGCCUUUAUCGGAAAUGGGUGGUCGAGUAUGACUAGCAAUAUUGUGAUGAGGCGUUUGACAACCGGACAAACUCCAGAGACGGCUGUCUCCCUGACGCAAGAUCUAUCUCCUGAACAAUACACUGCUGAUAUAUUGCUUUUGGGAUGUGGUGACCCAAGAAACAUCCUUUUCACACUAUAUUCGGACCUUACCGUGGGUCAAACGGCCCGAAACUUUGAUGUAACAUGUUGUGAUAUCGAACCAGCGAUUUUAGCUCGUAAUAUCCUUCUAUUCUCGCUACUCGAUCGCGAUGAGAAUAUCGACCGAGUGUGGGACAUUUUCUACCAUUUCAAGAUCAACAACCAAGCCAUGAAGAUCAUUGCAACUCACAGUCAAACUCUUUAUGAGUACGCCAAGGAUAUUGACUCCUGGAAACGAUCCCGUGCUGGCUCAUUCAUCAAGAUGGUGGACACGAGAACGCUGGGAGAGCUUCGUCGUAUUUGGAAGAGUUAUGCCGACUUUCCUCGGCUGUCUAUCGAACGCAAGAAUCAAAUCCUCAAGGAGCAAGUUGAUUUAUCCAGUUCAGUAGCGGAAAAGGGCUCCCAUGCUCUUAGUCCGAGCCGUUCUGCUGGGAUGCUUUGGCCCCAGGCAAUGACUCCCGUUGCCGAGCUCUAUAGCAGGUACUGGAAAACUGGAACAACCUUUACCCUUGCACCCGACCUGAGUGCCGCAACAAACUUAAAUCCUACAUUUCUAUAUUCCUUAUCCGGGGAAGGUUUUAGUCCACAUUACGGGACGUUCCCUUCAGGUUUCCAUUUCAUCACUGCAUUUGCUCCUAUCAAGUCGGACCCGGCGUUUUCCGCUCCUAGUACGGGCUCGGCCGCCAUUGAUGCUUGCAAGAAACAGUUCGAUGCAUGGUGUAGAGCGUUCCGUGUUUGCCGGAAGAAUGAAUCCAUUACUAUCCGUUUCUUUGCAGGAGAUGCAAUUUCAUUUUGCCAAGCUCUCCGCCGGUUCAAAUCAACCGGAAACCCUUCGACCGGCGUAUUUGUAUCGGCGUAUCGGGCUACGUUGAUUCACUUGGAUGAAUUGGCCGCUAGCAAGCCCUCCGCCCCAACGACUUUUGACAUCAUCGAUACCUCCAACCUCACUGAUCACCUCGGGCUUCUCAACUUACUAUUAGCAACCCAUACGCUUUUGAAGAGAAACCCGGACUCACAGGCGGUUUUAUUCACCGAAACUCUUCUCCCUGCUGGAAAAGAUGCAACAAAGUCUUUUCUCGAUCGGAUUUGUACAGAUGUCCCAACAAUCUCUCUCUUACUUGGAAUCGCUCCCCGGCCAUAUGUCUCUAACUUCACUACCCAAUCAAAUGCACAUGAAAUUAUAUUCUCCAAGCACCUCGAACAAUACCAUGAGCGAGUUGCUUGGUCAGAUCCCUCUCGGGGAGACAGCGCUCGCCAAAAACAUCAUAGACCAUUUACAGUCUCGUUUGAACCCGAGCCCCUUGCUCGAGUACUGUAUGGGGUUUACGACAAUAUGUUUGCGAACGAAAAAAUCACCAAUAUGAUGUCGGAUUUAUCAGUGACCCCCAACGGGCUUCGGUUACGAAGCGAAGUGCAUUUCCACCGAGAGACAGUAGCACUUCUCUUCCGAGCUCUUUCUCGUCGAAUUCACUUACGAAGCGGUAGCUGGGAAGAAGUUGCGAACCAGUUUAUCCAUAUGUGUCAGGCUGACGAAAGUAGGAUCCUAGAAUCAAAUUGCUACCAAGAUAUGUGUCUCCAGUUUCACCUUUGUGGUAUAUUCACCGUUGAUACUCUCAAGCCAAACUGGGCGACAGACCUUGGACUUCGGGUCAAUCCCCGAUCGGCUGUGUUCAAGGAUUGGUCGAGUCUUCCACCUGUUGUAUGUCUUGCUCUCACUGUUCCGCGCCGGCGUCUUGGAGUCUUCACUGGAAAGCCGGAACGCAUUGGAACCCCAACUUUACAGUGCGCGGUAUCUGUCCCCGGGUCGCAUGACAAUAUCUUUUCCGCCAUUCACCUUGUAUGGGGUAAAUGUGUCAAGCUAGAGGGAUGUGACCGACUAGUUGUUGAAGAAGACCACAAUGGGCAGCGCGGCCAAUCAGCCUUGGUAGUGUUAUUCUGGGUCAGUACCCGCAUCCUGGAGUUUCCUGGCACCCAGGUGGCUCUUCGUCUCAAAUCCACGCCCUCUUCGACCUUUUUAUUUAUGGACAAAUUAGGAGUCUAUCUUGAGGUCUUUGGCACGAACGUAACGGAUCGGGAGCAUGUCAAUAUUUUGGCUUACUGGCCCGCCCUUGUUUCGGAUUCAUGUAAUGCCCCUUCCCCAGAGCCUCUGCUUCCACUCUUGGAGCCUUCUUCAGAACACCUCUGUGACGCGGUUGUCACAGGCCCAAAAAACCAGCGAGUUGAUUCUCUCUCGAUUCGAUUUGAUGUUAAAAAUUCAAGGGAACAAAUCGACCUACAAAACGGGGCUAUAGUGUCAGCCAAACAAGUAUCUCCAUGCACAGUGGAACUCAAAAUUGGUUCCCAUUGUCAUUUACUUUCAUAUCCCUAUCCUAUUUAUGGGAAGAACAAUAAAGUUCGUAUUGCACGCAAGUCUCUUUACGUUGAGGUUAUCUUCCCAGUAUCAACACCCAACGACUACUCGGGAUAUUUUCUAAGCCCAGCUCCAGUAAUAAAUGUUGGCGCGUGUACCACCUGGAACCUGCACCACAUCAACCUAGCCCAGCUUCCGACUCUCGAUGUUACGAACCCUACCAAAGUAGACUGGCUGAAUGCACUCACAGCAUUGCAGCUCUCAGAAAGAGAGAAGGCUAUCCGAAAUGGUGACGAAACAGAAAAACAUGCGUCUAUCAACGCUUUGAUCAACAUGAAGGACUCAAUACAUGCUAUAACGAUGAAUUUCUCCGGCAUACAAGGACACCGUACUCGUACAAUCGGCCUAUGUGAGAAGAGUAUGGGCGGAGUCUAUGCGAUUCUCCUUAUUGGGGGACUGAAACUUGACCCGGCGUCCUCAACAGUUAUCCUGGAUACGGCCGUUGUUCCUCUAUCUAACGGACGCAUGCCUUUAUUAAUCAAAGGCAUCCAAAAGAUACAGAACGCUGGGACACUUGUUCAAGUAAACACCGUCGGCUACGAGGUCGAAGCCUGGAAAAAGUUCAUUCCGGCGUUUGUUGAGAGAUGCCGUACUUGGAGCCAUUUUCCAUCAUGCGAGUAUAAAUCGCAGGGUUCGAUUCCACUUACAACCGUAUACGACGAAAACCCAAUCUGCACUUGUGGCGAAGGGGUUGGUUUCUCGUCUUCGGAGUGGAAAUCUGCCGAGUGGAAAGACUUACUUCCAUUUGCUACACGCGCGGCAAUUUGUCCCAUUUUUUCGGUGUCAUACAUUGAACGUGUGGCUGGUAACUGGAGCGAGCAUCAUCAAACACCCCCUGCAACGAUAAAAAAGUCUUUGGACAUUUGUUGGGCUUGUGGUGGAGAUGGGAAACCCACACUCUUAGCAUGUAGUCGCUGUAAAAAGGCGAGAUACUGCUCAAUCGAGUGCCAACAUCAGGACUGGAAAGUACACAAGGGGGACUGUAAAACGAAUUGA